AUGUCCACAUCUUCAGGUGUUCCCGAGUCGUGGAUCUCGAGUUUCUGCUCCCUGUUUGGCCACGAGUACUUUGCUGAGGUUUCGGAGGAGUUUAUCGAAGAUGACUUCAACUUGACAGGUCUGCAGACUCAGGUUGCCAUGUACAAAGAAGCGUUGGAGAUGAUAUUGGAUGUGGAACCAGAGGACGAUGAGGACGAGGAGGAUGAAGAGGAGGAAGAGGAUGAAAAUGAGUCCGACCCCGAACGCUUGACCAGAGCAUCCAACGAGCGGAGGCACCACCGCAUGGCCAGCGAUUUGUCUGUCGUCGAAUCUUCUGCCGAAAUGCUUUACGGCCUCAUCCACCAGCGUUUUAUCUGCUCUCGAGCAGGAAUCCAGCAAAUGAGCGAGAAAUAUGAGCUCGGCCACUUUGGUUGCUGUCCCAGGACGAACUGUGACCAGGCCCGUACUCUACCUGUCGGUCUUUCAGAUAUUCCUGGCGAGGACACAGUCAAGCUCUUCUGUCCAUCGUGCUUAGACGUCUAUGUUCCUCCUAACAGUCGUUUCCAGACCGUCGACGGUGCUUUUUUCGGCCGCACCUUUGGUUCUCUUUUCCUCCUCACUUUCCCCGAAUACGACCUCACCAAACGCGGUAUCGAGGUGCUCUCCAGCAGCGGCCCUCGCGUUAACGAGGGCGACGGCCUUAUCAACGGCAUGUAUGCUAAGAAUAUUGGCCCUGGUCUAGGCCGUGAACGCAUAUAUGAGCCUCGAAUUUACGGAUUCCGUGUUUCUGAGAGGGCCAGGUCCGGCCCUAGAAUGCAGUGGCUUCGUGAACGGCCCACAGAUAUCAACGAGCUUGACGAAGCUCGUCUCUACGCAGAACAGAACCCGGACUCAGAAGAUGAUGACGAUAACGGUGGUCAAGUUGGCAUGAAUGGUAGAGUCAUGGUUCGUCGACGCCCACCCGGAAACGCUCGCCUUCGCCAGCGACAGAACCAGAAUGGCAGCCCUAUGGCUCUGUCCACAAACGGAGCCGAAUCGGAGCUUUAG